AUGAACCCCAACGCCACGGAGUUCAUGCCAGGCCGGCGCAACGGCCCGGACGGCGGGCUUGAGGCGCUGCCCACGUCCACGGCGGACAUGGAGCUUGCCAAGACUCCGGCUGGAGCCGCUGCCGCUGCCGUCCACGCGUCGGCGCUGCCAGGUGCGGCGCGCCGCAGCCUCCACAACUCUCCCAUCAUCCAGCCCUCUCGUCUGAACGUCAAGAGCGCCUCUGAGAUUGAGGCCAUUAGCAAGAACAGUGCUCUGAAUGCAGCUGCCGCCGCCUACGUGCCGCAGCGCACCCUGGCGCGGGUGGUGCUGACACAGCCAUCCCCGCUCGCCCUCGCCCCCUCUGAGGACCCGGCCAAGGACAAUAUCGAGAUGAUGCUGGACGAUCUUUGGUGUCUCUUCUACCUCCCUACUACGCUGGGCGAGAACAUAAAGGAGGAGGACUACAACCCCACGUUGGUGUUCCGCGUGGACAGCAUCCCGACCUUCUGGCGGGUGGUGAACAACGUCGCGGCCCCAUCCGAGCUGCAGCUCAGCACGCUGUAUCUCUUCCGCGACGGCAUCGACCCCAAGUGGGAGGACCCCGCGAACCGAGAUGGUGGCAUUGUGAAGGUGAAGGCCACUGCUGCCCAGGUCGAUGAGGCGUGGGAGCUGCUGCUGUGCCGCACCAUCGGCGACUCGUGGUCCCCAUCGGUGCGCGAGACCGUCAACGGUGUGGUGUUGAAGGUCCGCGAGCGCGCCUACUGGCUGGAGUUGUGGGUCACCAAGAACUCGAGUGCGCUGCAGAAGGACCUCGCCGAGCUCUGGCACCCGAUCCUCGGCGCCUCCUUCGCGACCACGUACCUGACGCACGCCAUGAUGCAGGAGCGCUCCCACGCCGCUGCCGCCUUAGCUGCCGAAAAGCAGAAAAGGAACCGUCGGCGCUACUAA